ACGCGAUGACAUCAGACGCAAACGUUUCAAAAGUGUGCGACGUGACGUCAGACGCACGGUGGCGGUGACAGCAACUUUGUUGAGAAAAUGGCGCUGACGAGUUUUUUGCCUGCACCAACCCAGCUGUCCCAGGAUCAGCUGGAAGCUGAGGAAAAAGCUCGCUCCCAACGAGUCAGACAAACAGCAUUAGUGGCAUCGAGGAGAGAGCCUCCCCCAUAUGGACACAGAAAGGGAUGGGUUCCUCGCUCAUUGGAGGAUUUUGGCGAUGGUGGUGCAUUCCCAGAGGUCCACAUGGCACAAUUCCCAUUGGAAAUGGGUCGCAAGAAAAAGGCAUCCAAUGCACUGGCUAUUCAAGUGGAUGCGGAAGGAAAGAUCAAAUUUGAUGCCAUUGCUAGACAAGGACAGUCAAAAGACAAGGUGAUCUACAGCAAGUUUACAGAUUUGAUUCCAAAAGAAAUCAUCAAUGAAGAUGAUCCUGAGUUGCAGAGACCUGACGAAGAAAGUAUAAAGGAGUUGACCGAAAAGACACGUUCAGCUCUUGAAAAACAGGUUUCACAGAAAGUUGCAGCAGCUAUGCCUGUUCGGGCAGCUGAGAAACUCGCUCCUGCACAGUACAUCAGAUACACUCCUUCCCAACAAGGUGUGGCUUUCAACUCGGGGGCUAAACAGAGAGUUAUCAGGAUGGUGGAAAUGCAAAAGGACCCAAUGGAACCACCUCGAUUCAAGAUUAACAAGAAGAUUCCUCGGGGUCCUCCAUCACCACCUGCACCUGUCAUGCACUCACCGAGCAGAAAGAUGACUGUGAAAGAACAGCAAGAGUGGAAGAUUCCUCCAUGCAUAUCAAACUGGAAGAACGCAAAGGGUUAUACAAUUCCUUUGGACAAACGUCUGGCUGCUGAUGGCCGAGGACUUCAAACAGUUCACAUCAAUGAGAACUUUGCUAAGCUUGCAGAGGCUCUUUACAUUGCAGACAGAAAGGCUCGUGAAGCUGUAGAGAUGCGAGCACAAGUCGAAAGGAAAAUGGCUCAAAAGGAGAAGGAGAAGAAGGAAGAGAAGCUCCGAGAAUUGGCUCAGAUUGCCAGGGAGAGGAGAGCUGGUAUCAAGACUCAUAUAGAAAAAGAGGAAAAUGAAACAAGAGAACGAGAUGAAAUUCGACAUGAAAGACGAAAAGAACGACAGCACGAUCGCAAUCUUGCCCGAGCAGCCCCAGAUAAGAGGUCAAAGCUGCAAAGGGAUCAGGACCGAGACAUCAGUGAGCUAAUUGCCUUGGGAGUACCAAAUCCACGUGCAUCAACUGAAAUACAGUAUGACCAAAGACUCUUUAACCAGAACAAGGGGAUGGACAGUGGUUUUGCAGGAGGAGAAGACGAGCUUUACAAUGUUUAUGAUCAGCCCUGGAGAACUGGCAAGGAAAUGGCUCAAAACGUGUACAGACCAAACAAGAAUGCUGAUAAAGACACUUAUGGUGAUGAUUUGGACACACUUAUGAAAAACAGUCGGUUUGUUCCAGACCGUGAAUUCUCUGGCACAGACCGCAGGCAGCGUCGUGAAGGCCCUGUUCAGUUUGAGAAAGAUGAAGAAGAUCCCUUUGGUCUGGAUAAGUUCUUGGAGGAAGCCAAACAACACGGUGGUGGUUCAAAGAGACCUGAAAGUGGUCGCUCUAAAGAAUAUGAACACGAGGGAAAGAAGCGAAGAAAGGAAUAGAUGGACUCUGAAGUGCAGCCUGUUGCUGCUUAAUUCAAACCAAUAUCCUUGAUAUUUGUUUCUGAACCAACAUAAUGGAAUAUCAUGAUAGAGUUCCCCACUGGGAGUUUUGACAGAUGUCUCUGUAAAGUAAAAUUCGGUUUGGCCACUUUUUUUGUAAUUGAAAAGCUAGAGUAAACACCGAAGGUCUGCAAAGCAAGAUUUAUAAACAAAAAACGUAAGUCGCAGAAAUCUUUUAAGUCACCAUCUUUAAUUUAAAUUCUGACAAACACCUCAAACUUGCACUGUCAACUUGCUGAUUCAGUGACCUUAUUUUGUCUGCGCCCUUGAGGCAAUUUUCUGUUUCUCUGAACUUGAAGCUGUGAAGAGAAUGAAUUUUUAAUGAGUUAUCUAAUUUCAAUUUCUGCUUUAAUACAAUACCAACAUUAUCUGCAUGGAAUGUUUUGCUGUAAGUUGUAGCUUUAAAACUCAACUAAAUGUAGCCAAGUUAGUUGACAAAGUCACCUCAUCUGCACAGUCCACCGAAUGCUAACUAGGUGGUUAGACAGCAGACAGCACUCAACUGUUGGAUGAAAUUGGCCUUUGUAGCAUAGGUUACUGGCUGGUGCCACUGUUUGGUAACGUUUCUGUUUACUUUUAAAAUAAAGCAAGUCUUUCUUGUG